AUGUCCAACGACUAUAUCAGAGACUCGCAUAAGCGGAAGCGGAAGCAUGGCGGCAAUAAACCUGGAAACCCGGCGAUGAUGUCUGGAGCGCUACCUUCGCCUGGUAUGGAGGAGGGAGAGGAGCGGACAGACCCGAUGGACGACGAGGCGGCGAGGAAGAAGGUGAAGAAGGAGCAUAAGAAGAGGAAGGUGGCUGAGCAGGCAGAUGACGUUGCAACGAAGGGCGGCGAGGUCAAGCCUGUUGCGAACGGCGUCAGCAAGGCAGAGGCGAGACCGAACGGAGAUAUGGCUGUGGAUGACGAGAGGGCGGCGAAGAAGGCGCGGAAAGAGAAGAAGGCUAGGCUGAGGGCGGAGAAGGAAGCGCGGGAGACACAGCAGACAGAGGGCGGGGCGGAGGAGCAAGUCAACGGACAGUUAAAGGAGAUUGCAGCGAAGGAUGGUGUCGCUGGCGUAGAAGAAGAAGAAGACUUUGCAGACUUUAGCGGCGAUGACGAGGUCAAUGGCGAAGAGGUGGAGGAAACUGCAGACCAGACAAACGGCCACGACGCCGAAGACGACGAGGAGAACGACGACGUCGCAAAACCUGCUGCAGAUCUUGGUGAAGCAUCUGAUCUACCUUCUGCGCUCGGUGUACGACUGCCAGACACAGGCUCAGAACCACAAAAGUUCUCGGAGCUGAACAUGUCUGAAAAGACCAUGAAAGCGAUCAACGGCAUGUCUUUCGAAAGCAUGACAGAAAUCCAGCGAAGAGGCAUACCGCCAUUACUCGCCGGAAAGGAUGUGCUGGGAGCAGCGAAGACCGGCUCAGGCAAGACUCUGGCCUUCCUUAUACCUGCAGUAGAAAUGCUGCACUCCCUCAAGUUCAAGCCACGAAACGGCACCGGCGUAAUCAUCGUCUCACCCACACGAGAACUAGCCCUCCAAAUCUUCGGCGUAGCACGAGAACUAAUGGAACACCACUCCCAAACCUUCGGCAUCGUCAUCGGCGGCGCAGCACGAAGAGCCGAAGCAGAAAAGCUCAGCAAAGGUGUGAACCUCCUGAUCGCCACCCCCGGCCGACUACUCGACCACCUCCAAAACACCCAAGGCUUCACCUUUAAGAACCUCCGCGCCCUGGUAAUCGACGAAGCCGAUCGCAUCCUGGAAGUCGGCUUCGAAGACGAAAUGCGACAGAUUGUCAAAAUCCUUCCCAAAGACGACAGACAAACUAUGCUCUUCUCCGCCACCCAAACCACCAAAGUAGAAGACUUAGCCCGCAUCUCCCUCCGCCCCGGCCCUCUCUACAUUAACGUCGACCACCACCAAGAACACUCCACCGUCGCGGGUCUAGAACAAGGGUACGUGAUCUGCGAAGCCGACAUGCGCUUCCGACUGCUCUUCACCUUCCUCAAAAAACACCCGAAGAAGAAGAUCAUCGUGUUCUUCUCCAGCUGUAACUGCGUGAAAUACUACUCCGAGCUACUCAACUACAUCGACCUCCCCGUCCUCGACCUCCACGGCAAGCAGAAACAGCAGAAACGCACGAAUACUUUCUUCGAAUUCUGCAACGCUACACAGGGUACCCUCAUCUGCACGGAUGUCGCCGCGCGAGGACUGGAUAUCCCUGCGGUAGACUGGAUCGUGCAGUUUGACCCUCCGGACGAUCCGAGGGAUUAUAUUCACAGAGUAGGAAGAACGGCUCGAGGUGCAACGGGCAAGGGUAAGAGUUUGAUGUUUUUGCAGCCGAAUGAGGUUGGGUUUUUGGGGCAUUUGAAGGAGGCGAGGGUCCCCCUGGUCGAAUUCGAAUUGCCGCCGAGAAAGAUUGUGGAUAUUCAGUCCCAGCUUGAGGCGUUGAUUGGGAAGAACUACUAUCUCAACAAAUCCGCCAAGGAUGGAUAUAGAUCUUACCUCCAAGCCUACGCCUCGCACUCUUUACGAUCGGUCUUCAAUGUCAACCAGCUUGAUCUGAAGAAAGUGGCGAAGAGUUUUGGUUUCCCGACGCCGCCGAGGGUGGAUAUCAAUCUGGGAGCUUCUAUGAAGACGGGACAUGAGGGGAGGAGGGGAUAUGGGAGUCAGCCUAGGCAGCCAGGGAAGGGAUAUGGACAGAAGAGGCGGUGA